UUCUGUGCAUUCAACCACUAUGGGAUAUGUAUGUGGUUAGACAAAACUGAGUUGUUGUGUGUGGAAAGUAACCUGAAGUCACUCUGCAGGCACAUUUUGAGGCAGACCAGUUUGUCCAUACCAAAAAGGGCAAGACUAGGCUGAGAGCAGAUGCUAUUCCCACCAUCUUUGUGCAUCGCCCUGUGGUCAAAAGGAGGAGGGCCCCUGCACCGCGAUGCACCCCGGGACCUGUAAUUACAGAGCUCAUAGCUCAUGAUCACAUCUAUAGUGUGAAAGGUGACACAGUCUCAAUGAAUGAGGGAAGAAGGGAUGAGGAGACUGAGAGAAGGGAAAGUGAGGGUGAAGAAAGAGAGGAUAUGGCUAGUGAGGAGAGACAGGGAGAGCGGACACCACCCAGCAGCCAACAUCCCUGCUCCUCCACCUGCCAGCACCCAGCCAACAUCACUGCUCCUCCACCUGCCAGCACCCAGCCAACAUCACUGUUCCUCCACCUGCCAGCACCCUGCCAACAUCACUGCUCCUCCACCUGCCAGCACCCAGUCAACAUCACUGCUCCUCCACCUGCCAGCACCCUGCCGACAUCACUGCUCCUCCACCUGCCAGCACCUAGCCAACACCACUGCUCCUUCACCUGCCAGCACCCAGCCAACAUCACUGCUCCUCCACCUGCCAGCACCCAGCCAACAUCACUGCUCCUCCACCUGCCAGCACCCUGCCAACAUCACUGCUCCUCCACCUACCAGCACAUAGCCAACAUCACUGCUCCUCCACCUGCCAGCACCUCCACCUGUCAGCACCCAGCCAACAUAACUGCUCCUCCACCUGCCAGCACCCAGCCAACAACACUGCUCCUCCACCUGUCAGCACCACUGCUCCUCCUCCACCUGCCAGCAACCAGCCAACAUCCCUGCUCCUCCACCUGCCAGCACCACUGCUCCUCCACCUGCCAGCACCACUGCUAGAUUAUUAAAUAAAUAAAAAUAUUAGCAUAAUCGCUGGUAAAAUGUACUCAAAGAGCCUCAUUUAAUAUAAUUUUUGAAGUACUUUUUUGAGUAUGUUCAAUAUAUUUCUACCUAUUUUUUCUACUCCGCCACAUUUCCUUGACUUUACAGUUGUGUUGUACCUGUACCAUUACAAUAAAGAAAUUCAAUUCAA